AUGGUGGCGUCGCAAAAUGACGGCGGCAGAAGUAUGGGCGGCGGCGGUGGUGGUGGUGAUAGUGGUGGCGGCGGCGGCGGUGAUGACACAGUUUACACGGUGACCGUGAGCGGGGUCGGUUACAGGAACGAGGGCUACAAGGACGACGGCACCGAUGGCAUACCGCCGGAGCCGCAGAAGCCGCCGCAACUUCCGGCAGCGGACGACGAUACGCAGUCGCGAAAAUUCAAACUGUCGCGCAGCGAAAAAUGGCGUAUCCUAAAGAACAUCGGCACCGUCUCCAUCGCUUUCAUGGUGCAGUUCACUGCGUUCCAGGGCACAGCGAAUUUACAAUCGUCAAUCAAUGCCAGCGACGGCCUCGGUACCGUUUCGCUCUCGGCCAUCUACGCCGCCCUGGUACUCUCGUGCAUCUUCGUGCCCACUUUCCUCAUCAAGAGACUCACCGUCAAAUGGACUCUCUGCCUGUCGAUGCUGUGCUAUGCGCCGUACAUCGGCUCGCAGUUCUAUCCCAAAUUCUACACCCUGGUACCCGCCGGCGUUCUCCUGGGUCUUGGCGCCGCGCCCAUGUGGGCUGCUAAGGCCACGUAUCUGACGCAAGUCGGCGGUGUCUAUGCCAAGAUCACCGACCAGCCAGUCGACGCUAUCGUUGUACGGUUCUUCGGCUUCUUUUUCUUAGCGUGGCAGACAGCCGAGCUCUGGGGCAACCUUAUCUCUUCGCUUGUAUUGAGCGAUGGCGGACAUUCUGGUGACGAUGGCAAUAGCACGACCAGUAGCUGGGACAAAAUCAAGUUGUGCGGUGCGGAUUUCUGCGUCCUUGGCAACGGAGGCCACGAGAACCUGGAGCGACCACCGGAGUCGGAGAUCUAUGAAAUCUCCGCGAUCUACCUCACGUGCGUCAUCGUCGCGGUGAUCAUCGUCGCUCUGUUCGUCGAUCCUCUCUCCAGGUAUGGCGAGAAGCAACGGCGAUCGGACAGCCAAGAAUUGAGCGGCAUACAAUUGCUCUCUGCUACGGCUUACCAGCUGAAGAAACCUUACCAGCAACUGUUGAUACCCAUUACGAUAUGGAUCGGCAUGGAGCAGGCUUUCAUCGGCGCCGAUUUCACACAGGCAUACAUCUCCUGCGCACUGGGCGUCCACAGAGUUGGCUAUGUCAUGAUCUGCUUUGGCGUGGUCAACGCCGGCUGUUCCUUACUAUUUGGCUCGUUAAUGAAAUUUGUUGGCAGACAGCCACUGAUGGCGUUGGGUGCCAUCGUUCAUGCCUCUCUCAUAGUUGUUCUUCUCAUGUGGAAGCCUCAUCCCGACAAUCCCUAUGUCUUUUUCUCGGUCUCAGGACUGUGGGGUGUGGGCGAUGCCGUGUGGCAGACGCAGGUUAACGGACUCUACGGUACGCUGUUUAGGCGUAACAAGGAGGCAGCCUUUUCGAACUACAGGCUGUGGGAGAGUGCCGGCUUCGUGAUCGCUUACGCAUAUAGCACACAUCUCUGCGCCCGUAUGAAGCUGUACGUGAUGCUGACGGUGCUGAUCAUUGGUACCAUAGGCUACAUCAUCGUUGAGUUGCUGCACAGACGCAAGCAACGGCGACUCAAAGCGAUCGCCGAAGACCCGAAGGCUGCCCAAGCAGCCGCCGAGGCCAAUCAGCCGGAAGAAACCGACGACGAAAAGGAUGAUCUCGACGACGAGAUUAUCAUCACGCAUCUGUGA